AUGGUGCAAUGGUCAUUUUUCUGGAAGGAGAGCGACCUCAAGAAGAAGAGCCUCAGCAAACUUCAAAACAUGUGCACAAAUUACUUUGCAAGUGUGGCAGAGGUGGAGAAGAACAAGACAAAACUGACUGAAUUGACCAUACCUGAGACUCAAGAGCAAGAAUCUGAAAAAAAUAGCACCACUGGAGCCAGCUCCAUCACAGAGAUGUCACAAGAUUUGCUUGGAGCACUGGUUGAAGUGACAGCCCAAACAAGACCUGCCAGAGAGGAGCAAGUAACCCUGCCACCUGCCAUGGCCACUGAUGAGGAGCUGUUGAAGCUCCUGAAGGAGGUAUAA